AGAUUCUGGGACUCUUUCAAAGUCUCUCUGUCGACGGCAUUAUUUGCGUUCUUCGAAGAAAUAAUUUUGUUUGGGCUGGAAUUCGCUGUAUGUGCAGUCGUAGUGUUGGCAACGCAGGCAAUGCUUGUCCCCGGCACGGGGAACAAGCAUUUGUGCUGUGCAGGGACAAGACUACGUGACAGGGGUCAGGUUCUCCUGCCUGCUUGCGUUUGUAAUUGCUAACCGCCAUAACAGUUCGAUCUUUAUGCUUGAGAGGAUCUAGUCUGUCUGAUUGCGGGGAUUGUGUGGUGGUGCCUGUGUGUUUGUAUUAUCAAGAAGUGUGUAUAAUUAUGCAGUGACACUCAACAGGUUACUCAUAACAGAAUACAUAUAUCGAGACUCGUAUGUUUUAGUUUUUUUUAAUUUUUAAAGAUCACUCAGCGCGCUUGGUAGAAGACCUGCAGCUGUAUCAGCUAAUAAGGUUACUUGCAACCCACAACCAUGAUGUGUGAUGAACCAGUUUCAGACUUCCACAAAACAAGAGUACCGAAAAUUAUACUGCAGAGAUGUGAAACAAUUCCAUCUCUGAAGAAAUUCUUGAAUGUUGAUAUAAUUAAGACAGAAGACGAUGAUGUUCUUGAUGAAGAUGAUUCCACUGUCAUGAUACCUGAUGAGUAUUACGUACCAUCAUCACCUCCCACACUGAAGACUGAAUCCAAGAAUGUCAAUGGAAUCUCAGUAGAAAAUAGAGUGGAUGUUUUGAGUGAAGAGCAUUCCACUGGCCUGCAAACUGAUAAGGUUCACGUACCAUCAGCAUUUUCCAUAACAAAGGCUGAACCCAGGGAAGUAAUACCAGAUUCAUAUAGCAAAACAUGUCUAAUUUCUCCUCAUGAUGGAAGUCGGCUCAUCAAAGUAAAAGAUGAAGUUGAGACAGAUAUAAAAGUGGAAGAGGAUCCUGUGCAAAUAACGUUUCCAACAGUAAAGGCUGAAUGCGAGAGUCCAUUGAAUGAACAUCAACUAAUUCAUGGAGAGGAUCAUCCAUAUAACUUUGAUAUGUGCAAUAAUGCACCCGGUCAGAAUACUGUCAAGAACUAUCAAAGCAUACACACAGGAGGAUGUCGACAUGCCUGUGAUAUGUGUGAUAAAUCAUUCAGUCAGAGCUGUACUCUGAAGAGACAUCAACUUAUACAUACUGGUGAGCACCAAUAUUGCUGUGAUGUGUGCAAUAAAUCAUUCAGUCUGAUGAGUACUCUGAAGAGACAUCAACUUAUACAUACUGGUGAGCACCAAUAUUGCUGUGAUGUGUGCAAUAAAUCAUUCAGUCUGAUGAGUACUCUGAAGAGACAUCAACUUAUACAUACUGGUGAGCACCAAUAUUGCUGUGAUGUGUGCAAUAAAUCAUUCAGUCUGAUGAGUACUCUGAAGAGACAUCAACUUAUACAUACUGGUGAGCACCAAUAUUGCUGUGAUGUGUGCAAUAAAUCAUUCAGACAGAGGGGUAAUCUGAAGAGACAUCUAGGCAUACAUAAUGACAAGAGUCUAUAGGCCUGCGAUGUAUGUAAUAAAGUGAAACCUCGAUGCAUCGUUUUUGGCAGGGGUGGAAAAUAAAAGCGAUGAAUACGGGAAAACGACAG